GGAAAUGAAUUUGCACACAUUCAAAUGCUUCCGUACCAACAACAGUAUUACUAUAACAACUCAAGACCAAAUUUCCGCUUGACUGAUGGCCCAACAACUCGUCAUGGCCGCCUCCAGGUGUUGUUUCGAGACCGUUGGAGAUCCGUUUGUACUCAGUUAACUAACUGGACUUCAACAGAUGUGACAACUGCAUGCAGAACAAUGGGCUUCUCGGGCGGAGGAUUCUGGAAGUGGUUUCGCCGUAACAAUGACACCUAUCCUUUUGUGAUGCCUCGCCCGUCAUGCUUACCAAGUGCUGAAUCGCUCUGGGAAUGUUCCGGAUUUGGUAAUUUUGAUGCUAUCCCUCUGAGUGAAAAUCUGUGCCAAGGUGAAGAUGAUAUUGGCAUUCAUUGCUGGGGUCCACCAACUUUUACAGGAUGGGCAAAACACUGGAAAGGGUUGCAUAUUCUAAGCUCACCUUACAAGUUCGUUCCGUCUGAUCCUGACGAUGUCUCUCAUCACAAAGAAUCUUUGAGUAGACUUGAAUUUGUUGAUAUAUUUUAUGCUGGAUAUGACGGAGCAGCAAAAAACACCACAGCAGCUCUUUACGUUGAAAAUGUACCGCCAAUUAUUAAUGGCUUGAAAGUCUAUCGUAGUGCUGGAGAUGGAGUUCAGUUUUAUGAACCCACUGGCCCAAUUCUUAUUGCAAAUAGUACAAUUCUGCAAAACAGGGGAAGAGGUAUCAAUAUCCAGAAUACAACAGAUGGCCGAGUUUAUAUAAACAUGACAGUUAUAGAUGGUAACUACGGCGACGGCAUUUAUUAUACUCAAAUGGGCCCAUUAACAAAUCUCGCUUCUUCUUCAACACGAGAAAUACCGCGAUUGGACAUGUGUAAGAAUCAUGAGCUAAACAAACAACUGUACUUCCCACAUUUAAUACACGCCUACAUGCCUAACGGAACAAAUUACGACCCUAAUAUUCCUUCACCUUGUUGGAUGGUUAUUCCAUUGCCGUCAGGAUACAACUAUGUUUAUACACUACAGUUUUUGGGUGUCGCUAAUAUGAAUCCUUCAAAACUGGGAUCUAAAACAGAACUAGUUAUCUGCGACUCCAGAUACAACCAUACGAACUGUGUUGGCACAAAUGAUGUGCGAAUUCCAGUUGUAGAAGAUUUAAUACCUCAGAGCGUCUCCAUCAAAAGUUUUGGCCGACCACUCUAUAUAUCGCUACAACAUACUUCGGCGACUGCAACAAAUCGUGUUGAAGCAGAUAUCAACGUUCUGUUCCGUAUUCAUGCAUCUGUUCAUGAUAAAGCCUACUAUGGUUUGAAUGUUUCAAACUCAGUCAUAACAAAUAAUAGUGGCAAUGGAAUUUACGCCGGAAAUGUUAAGGAUCGAGUUGUUUUGACAAAUGUUAAUAUAACAAAUAACGAAGGUUUUGGAGGGUUUCUUGUUAGAGAUGGAGCUGCCGAUAUAUGGAUUAAUGCAUCAAAUAUAAAAAGUAACUGGGGUGAUGGUAUAAAUGUGUCUUUUGCGGGAGGUGCGGUUAUGAUCAAUGGUACAUCAGUAACCGAUAAUUGUUGGCGAGGUUGUGCAUUUCAUCAGAAUACUUCUUCUCGCUACCUUGCUAUGAACCAGGAAAUCGUCUUCAAAGGACGGCCGGCAAGUAACGUUUAUUAUCUUCAAACAUUAGUUGCCCGAAACGGUUGGGGCGGGAUUCUCGUCGGCAAUUUCUGCAUUCCCGAAUACCGAAGAAUUCAUCCAAAGGUUGUCGUAAGUUGGAUUGAAUUGCUAGCUAACAAUUAUCAUCCAUCCUUGGAAAUACAUUCGUGCCAAAGCGAUGGGAUGGCAAUAACUAACAUUGAUAUUUCCGGAAACCGAAUAGAGAAUGGAAACGGAAUUGGAUUUCGGAUGGAACCGACUGUUAACGCUGUUGCUCAGAUAAAUAGCAAUCAUUUUGUUAAUAACUCACACAUUGCAUUACUUGUUCGGAAUGCUGCUCACCCUCAAUUGGCUCAUCUUCCAGCUAAGGUCACAAUUUCAAGAAAUUAUUUUAAAUUUAACUCUGGACAAAGCAUAGUCUCAAUUGGUUUGAACGAGGAUGCCCCAAACCAGAAAAUGUUGUUUCAUCAACAAAACGAAAUUCGCAGCAACGCUGUAAUUAAUCCGUAUCCUUACUUGAAACCUCGGUCGACACCUUUCGCUGCACUAGUUGUGUCUAGCAGCAAUGUCGAGAUCAACCGCAACUGCUUUGAAAAUCCAGAUUCUGAAUAUGAAAUAGCGACGGAGUUAAUGGAACAUGCCAAAACUAUUAAUGCUACAGAAAACAGUUGGGGUUCGCAGUUUCAAAGAGACUUUAUGCAUAAAGUCUUUGAUCAGUUCAAUAGAUAUUCGCUUGCUCGAAUUGAGGUAUUUCCGUAUGCUCAAGUUUGUAAUGAACUUGAUCCCUAUAUUGUUACAAGUCAUGCGUAUCGACGUCAGUUCAGAAACUCGUCUCGUUCUUUUUUCUUAGGAGGUACGAUUUGGGAAAAUAAAGAUCUUCCUAGAGGACGAUAUAGGGUCAACGAAGACUUGAAUGUUGUUCCUGGUGCAAAACUCACUAUUGAACCCGGAACCAUAUUUGAAUUUGCAGAUGGUGUUGGCAUGUUAGUACAGGGCGACUUGAUUCGAUCGGAUUAUCAUGGCAGCAAAACUCCAGUAAUAUUUACCAGUCAGCCAUUUAGUUUACCGAGUCUCGAACAAGUGCGUUUAGUGGAUGAAACCGACAACCAAGAAGUAUUGGCUGGCCGUCUAGAAGUUUUUAUCGAUGGACAGUGGGGAACUGUAUGUAACAGAAGCUGGACAGCAGAACUGGCGUUGAGAACGUGUAACCAGCUUGGUCUUGUGAUGGAUCCUGAGCACUUCGAGAACUGGAGAAUUUUUCCAUCUCAAGGGAGUCUUCCAAUGAUUAUGGAUAAUGUACGUUGUGAAGAACGCGAAUAUGAUAUAACUAAAUGCCGGCAUGACGGGGUAAACCAUAAUGUUGCUGCAUCUUGUAGAAGUACAGAAGUAGUUGGUAUCAAAUGCGCUGAACCACUAUGGGCUGGUGUUAGAUAUUCACUUCUCGCAAAUCCACCAGCUGUAACCGGACAAACGGUCAUGGACAACUGGAUUAUCGAAAAAGCUGGAGUUUUAGACUUCCGAACAGCGCAGUUUAGCGCAGCUUUACUGAUUGAUUGGAACUAUCAUACGUUUUAUAACUUGACUAAACCAGCUAUUAGAAACAGUCGAGUGGAAAAUAAUCGACGGCAUGGUUUUAAGAUACGGUCACCCGGAAUUACUAUUGAAAACGUCAUUGUGAAAGAUAACGGUCAUUCAGGAUUCCGCUAUAACCCUCUAGUUACUGCACCAUUACAACAGGAUAUUGUAACAUGGUUGGGUAGGCAGGAUUCUCAACGACUCCAGUUGAACAAUGUUUAUGUCAUACCAAACUUCAAUACUGAUCCUAUUGAAAUAUCUGAAUCUCAGUUUAACCACCGAAAAUUUCUAGCAGCUCGAGCAACAGCUGAUUGUCCAUUGGUUCCUGAUUCACAGUGUGUUUACGAGCAGACGAUUAGAGCUGUCGGUAAUCAAUUUGGGCUGUCGUCAAAAAUUGCCGUUCAGAUAGUCAACCGUCCAAAUGGGCAAAGCGAUGAAGAUGUAACAUUAAUGGAUGAAAGUAAAAAACAAUUCUGGAGCGUCUCCAAAGACGUUAUUCAAUUUCCUAUCGUUUCAGCUGGCAACACUUUAAAAUUACGUUAUACACGCAGCUAUGGAAAACCUCAAGUUAUCCUGCUUCUUUUGUUUUUAGACGAAUAUGUUGACCACUUUAUUCAUGUAUAUCGCUCGGUGGUUAGUGGAAAUCAGUACGGCUUGUCGUCAGUUCACUACAACAAUCUCUCUGCAGCUGACGGCUCAAUAUACAAUCGAAGGUCUUUGGAAAAAAUAUGGUUUCAGAAAGUUAAUUUUACUAAAAAUCGAGAAGCUGUUCUUUGGAUACACUCACCGCAACAUGUUGUUCUGGACGACGCUCCUCUUGCCGAGAUCAGGUACCACAUAGACAACUGUUCAGUAGCAAACAAUACAGGUGGAUUCUUUCAAACCCAUCGUGAUCUUUAUAAAAGUGUGAAUAUCUUCAAAUGGAACUUUUGGUCAAAUACAUUUUCUUUCAAUCGCAAUAUGGAUAUUUCCAUCUAUCUUCCAGACUUACAGAAUAUGCUAGCAUCAUCGUUUCAUUCAGUUUUGGUUACGGAAAAUCGAUUUGACCGGAAUUCUGGAUUCGGUCUCACCCUAAAUGGAUAUUAUACCUUUGCAAACAUUUCAUCAAACAAUUUCACUCAGAAUAUUGCUGUUUCUGAAGGCGGAAUCCUUUCACUUAUGGGGAUGGAAAAACAUUUGGUGUGCGAAAGAAAUCGCAUUUAUUCAAAUUGGGGAACGUGGAUGAUCAAAGUAGAUAUAAAGUCUCACUCGCUUCGUGAUACUGUGCCAGCUUGGAUUCAGUAUAAUUACAUUCAAAGGAACCAUUAUAUACGGAGUGGGGACGACUAUGUCGAUAUGUGGCCCCGUUCUUAUGCUAUAGGAAUUUUUGGGUCUCAGAGAGCUGAUAUUCACUUCAACCUACUGAAAAAUGUACUGAUGGAUUUUGAGCUCGUUUCCGGUUGUAAGAUGCCGCUCGUAACUGAUACAAUGAACGUGACAUUCAACUGGUGGGGAGGAGGGAAUCAAGAUGAGAUAAAUCAGCGAGUCUUCGAUUUUGACGAUUGGAAUAUCUAUACCCUGGCAGAAUACAGCCCAUUUUACGGCCAGCUGGCAACAAAAGUUCUUAGUGAAACUACAGAGGAAGACUUGCAUGGACGAAUGUACAACUCUAAAACGUUGACAGUGACAAGAGAACGAUGGCAUGAGUUUCCAUUCCACUACAAACCACGUCGCCCUUAUCGAAUUAUAAAAGAUUUGACAAUUAUGCCGAACGCAACGUUAACAGUUGAGAGAGGUGUUGAGGUACAUGUGUGGCCGAACGUUCGUAUUUUGGUGCUUGGAAAUUUGAUUGCCAAUGGCACUUUUUGGGAACCAGUUCGUUUUAAACCUAUCAAUGUCACAGAAUACGACGAAUCAAAAGAUAAAAUUAGUACCAGAUACAAGCGAGUGAUUGUUACAAGAAACAAAAAAAGACGGAUUAUUAACUUCAGGCGCAGACUGACCGUAAUAAGGGCCAGACGAAGAAGCGAGAUUGGUCGUGACCUUGUUUACUCUCAGUUCCCUUCUCUCAGACGCGAAAUUCCAUUUUAUCAGCAAUUCUCCAUUCGUUUAAGUAAUAUUAGCCAGUUAUCAGGUUUCUUGGAGAUUUAUAAUGCAACCACUGGUGAAUGGGUGCCAUCAUGCGAUAAGGAGUUCACCAUUAGAAACGCUCAAGUUGUAUGUCGUGAGCUGGGCUUUUUCCCAGCCAAUGCGUAUCACUGGUUAACCCCUCGUUGGGAGUAUAAUCCUAAAAUUAGAAUCUUGAAAACAUAUGCUGAACCACGCCAAUGUCUUGGUAAUGAAAAUGCUUUAUAUCAGUGUCCGAUGAGGUUGAAUGGCAACAUCACAAUGUGGCAGUGUAUGGAUAAUGAACAUUUCAACUUUGUUCAUUGUGGCCGUGGCGAAAGCCUUAAUAAUAAUUACAUCGGUAACUGGGGUGGUAUUGUGUUUGCUCAUGGAUCUAUGGAAUACCAGCAAACCCCUGUUCAAGAAAACUCAAUACUGCGGCAUACGGAAAUUGUUGGUGGAGGUAUUUCCCACAACAAUACCAUAGAUGUGGCAGCGUUACUAUUUGUUCAGCGAUCGCCGUUGGUUGAUGCCGUAAAUAUCACUAAUUCAUCAAUGAAUGCUUUACAGAUCAUUGUUCCUCGAGACAAAGUUACUCUCAAUCGUUUGAAUGUGACACAAAAUCUUGGGCUUGGAAUUUCUAUAUGGGUUUCUAAUCUUCAAGGAGCAGCUACAGGGAAAGGUGCAUCACAAGGACCAAUAAAUCUUCCGUACAAUGUUCGUGGUAUGCUGGAUAUAUGUGCUGCUGAAAAAAACUAUAAGAUUAAUGAACGUGUAAUCGUAUUUUACAAAUAUGACUCAUAUCAUGUUGACUGCAUUAAAUUUUUCACUACGACUGCACCAACUGUCGCUUUUCGGUUUUUAAUGGUAAAUUUUUACGAUGGGUCUCAAGUCGAAUUAGGUCGCCCUGACGGUCUUUCAAUAUAUUCAUCAAAGUCCUUCUACAAACGGCUAGCUCACUUUUCAACGAAAUCGGGAAAUUUCUCAUUAACAAUACGAUCCGAAUCUGAAAUGGCUUUACAUCUAAGGGCUAGUGCAGCUGAUGGAAUUUAUGGUUUUGUUGCUGAAGUGGCUGCAACGUCGACAUCUGCUCAAACAGAACCUAUAAAUGAGGUGCUAAUAAGGCAAAGUCGAUUGGAGAACAAUGAUCGCGGCGCUUUGGUCUUUAGAAAUACUGGUGAGAUUGGCCCAGAAGUUGUAAUCAGUGAUUGUAGCAUACAGCACAAUGGUUACAACAUUUAUGGAAAUAUCAGUACCACAUAUGCAUAUAUACGAGGAACACGAAUUUCGCAUAAUCAAGGUGGUUUACUUUUAACAAGCGACACUUCGUCAGCAGUAGCUCGAUUGUCAGCUGUAAUUAGAGACUCGACAUUUAUCUCAAAUUCAAAUGGAACAGUGGUAGCUCUAGUUGGAAAUGGCUAUCAGAAAGUUACUUUUCACAACAACAUUUUAUCACGCAAUUAUGCUCUUUACUAUGACACGUUAUUGAUCAAUUGUAUGACGACAAACUUUACAAGAAAUGUUUUUUCCAACAACACUGGACUUCAUACAGUUCACACCACUCGCUGCCCAGAUCUUUCCUCCACUACUCAGAGUUUUCAAAACAACUGGUUCCAGGACAAUUUGGCAUUAGGACAUGGGCAUCAAUAUAUGGAAAGAUACGGCUAUUUGCCUGAAAAUCAGGCUGAUGACUUUGACCGUAGACCUAGGCAUAUUCUGGUUAGCAGCAGAAGGAAGCGUCAAGUUCUUGAUCAAAACGACGUCAGUUUUGACUGGUGGACUCACGUUGGAAUGGAAACGGAGCGGUAUAGGAGUACUGUUUUUACUGAAGUUUCCCGUCAAAGUUAUCGGCAGAAUGUGUUCAAUAAUCCACUGAACGAUUAUGAGCUAACCUCAGGUCCCGUCACUAGCUAUGACAUUGUCAGCAUUGAUGCGCGCGAAAAUUAUUGGGGCUAUCCUGGAACAAUAGGUGUGGCUGCGGCCAAAAUUCGCGAUGAAAAUGACUACAGAAAUCUGAUACGAGUUGACUAUCAACCUGUUUUGGAGUCAAAUACCUCACUCAUUGAAGGAGACUGUCCGGCUGGUUGGUUCCAAAUUGGUGUUGAUGAGUUUAAAUCUUGCUUUAUAUAUGUUGGCGCGGCCAGUACCUAUAAAUCAGCUGUUAGAUACUGUCAGGAAAUGGGUGCAAUUAUUCCUUAUCUAAGGGUAGACGAUGAAAGACAAGGGCCUCUGGCUGAUCGAGUCAGCAGCAUUGUCUCUGCUCGAGUUGAAGACGAUGAAAAAUACUCAAGUUUUUUGAACAGAGUAGAGAAGCAAUUUUGGAUAUCUGGAGCUAACAUUCCGCCAACUCACUGUGGAUGGUUAAGUAGCAAAUCAAAGCAUAUUGGGUUUCAAAAUUGUCAUGCUCUUUUGCCAUUCGUGUGUGAACGAGGAGUAACACCCUACAGAGAGCCAGCGUUAUGGCGGUCUGGCAUUAUUAUUGCUGCCAUAACAUUAUUCGUUCUUGCUGUGGUAAUUGUUUUACUUGCACUCUGUUGGUUCAGAAAGUCUCGAAAAAGAAAAGAAGAGGAGUCGAAUAGGAAAGAAUUAAUUCGUUCAUCGCUCAGAUUAGACAAAAUGGAGCGCGAAAGACGCUAUAAAGAAUAUUGGGACAAACCUAAUUGCUUUCAUAUUUGUAUUUUCAAGACUACAAGCUUAAUGCAAGGUCACCAAACAGACGAUGAUCCUAUAGCAAAUGCCCAUCGCAAUAUGAUUCUUGGAGAGAAGGAUGCUUGGUCACCAGCUGAAACUUUAAGAACUAGUUGUUCUAAACUAAGUGAAACAACCGUAUCAACUGUCGACCACGGUAACGAUAGACGAACGUAUUCAACCACUAACGGUACAUAUACGGAGACUACUUCAGCCUCAGAUACUGGGCCGUUGCUAUCACGAACUUCUGCAAUCGGAAUAAGAACUUCUUAUCCCUACCGGCACGAUAUCCUGUCAGAUACACAGUCGACAUUCUCAGGUGGUUCUGAUCAGCGUCAAAGAGAAGUAAGGAUGAGAGAGAGUGCCACUCAUCGGGGCACUGACACUUCAAUUAGUAGUAGUGCAACUUGCUCAACUUGUCCGACAGAAAGUACGCUGAGCAGUACAGAAGCAGACUCUACAUUAACAGAGAACUCUCAACAUUCUAGUAGCGCUCGUUCUACCCAGUCUGAAGAUACAGUAGUCGCACAGCCACUUCUCUUUCCAACUUCCAGGCAAACAAAUGUUACUACAUUCAGUCCACAUCCCUUAGUAGAACCCGUGAGAACCCCUCUAUAUCAAACUAACUAUACGAGAACACGCCCUUUGAGGCCAGCGCCUCCGAUUCCCCCUCACGGUGUUCGUCCAACAGUCCUUCCAAGCCGUUCCCUUGUAGAUCUCAUUGCUCCUCAAAACCAAGUAUCUCCAAGAAGAAAUUCUACGGGUCCUUCAAUCAUGUAUGAAACCUCAAUGUAAAU